GUCACAGUAUCCCAUCGGAUAUAUAUAUUGCGCGCUCCACAGUAAAACAAAUCGCUCUUGUAAGAUAACAUGUUACUGUCUUCGUUAGUGUUCGGAUAAAAUCGGGCUGGUACAUGUUUGCUGAGUUAUUGUAGUAUCCUAUGAUGGAGGCGGAGCAGAGUGUAAUCGCAGGAGGUGAAAGAGGUCUUAUAAUUCACUACGAGGAGGUGAAAAAGGAGAAGCUGUCAUCAGAGGAGGACGAGGAUGCAACUGCUGAUACCGAGGAGGAAGAUGAAGAUGCUCUCCCGUAUUCGGAGAUCCUGGAUAUUUUCGAGGAGGGACUGGCUCGACUUGUACAGGACCCUUUACUUUGUGAUUUGCCAAUACAGGUGACCCUGGAAGAGGUAAAUUCCCAGAUUGCCUUGGAAUACGGACAGGCGAUGACCGUGAAGGUUUUAAAGGCAGAUGGUGAAAUAAUGCCCAUAGUGGUUGUCCAGAAUGCUACAGUCCUUGAUCUGAAGAAGGCCAUUUGCAGAUUUAUGGAGCUAAAACAGCAGCGAGAAGGCGGAGUGAAAUAUAUCAGCUGGAGAUAUGUUUGGAGAACCUACCAUCUUGUAUUUCAAGGCGAGAAACUUGAGGAUGACACAAUGAGGCUUAAGGAUUACGGGAUCUGGAACAGAGAUGAAGUGACAUUUAUGAAGCAACUCAAGAAGAAGUGACGCAGCCGGUAUUUCUCCACGUUUGGAGAAUAAACACGACCUCCUGCAGAGAGUACCGGUUUUAUGUUUAACAUAAUAAAUAAGAUCUUGAUUCAGUGUUUUUUUUGUACUGCUUAGUUAUAAAUAUUUCCUGAUCUUUUAUGUUGGAAAUAUUUUAAGAUGUGUCUCCUGUGAAAUUGGCUACAUGUAAAUACAGUAAUUAAACGAUUUUUGUAGAAAUACUUUGCAAACAAUAAAAUGGAUCAAUAUUUUUACUUUAA